AUGGCAGGAAGAAAUGACGCUGCGAUUGCUGCUGCCUUGGAGGUUGUUGCUCAAUCUAUGCAAAAUCAACCUAAUGCUGGAAGGAAUGAUGAAUCUCGAAGCUUGAGUACGUUCCAGAGGGAGAAUCUGCCUACCUUCAGGGGUAAGUACGAUCCCGAUGGGGCACAGGAAUGGCUUAAGGAGAUUGAAAGGAUUUUUCGAGUGAUGGAUUUCUCUACAGCACAGAAGGUACUGCAUGGUACUCAUAUGCUGGCUGGAGAAGAUGAUGACUGGUGGAUUGGCACUCGUCAGAGAUUAGAGGUUGUUGGCGAGUUCUAUCUGCACUACAAUGCAGAGACUGCUGAGUUUUCCAAGUGUAUCAAAUUUGAGAAUGGGCUGCGUCCAGAAAUCAAACGGGCAAUUGGGUAUCAACAGAUCCGUAGGUUUCCUGAACUGGUGAAUAGUUGUAGGAUCUAUGAGGAGGACAACAAGGCUCAUUCAGCAUAUUUUAAGAGUCACAAUGAGAAGAAGGGGAGGAACCAAGAUCAUGGUAAGCCAUAUAGUGCUCCUGUAGACAAAGGAAAGAAGAAGGUUUCCGAUGGGAAGAAGACAAGUGGGGGAGGGUCUCCUGCUACUAUCAAGUGCUAUAGUUAUGGUGAACCAGGUCACCGCUCUAAUGAAUGUAAGAACAAGGUUCUAAGGUGUUAUAAGUGUGGUAAGAUGGGUCAUCGUGCUCCUGAAUGCAAGGAUGAUGGUCCGACUUGUUUCAAUUGUGGAGAGAAGGUUCAUAUCAGUACUCAAUGCCAGAAACUGAAUAAGGAUGCUAAUUCUCUUCCAAGACUAACGGUCGGGUGUUUGCUUUGA